AUGACUCCUCGACGCGUGAAAGUGUACUUACUUCGCGGAGAGGACUGGCUUGAUAAUGGCACUGGUUACUGCAAGGGAGAAAUUGACCCAACCACGAAGAAACCCUACUUCAUUGUGCGCAAUGAGCUAGAUUCUCUGGAUGUCAUCUUGAAGCUGUACUUGGAGGGGUCGAUUCAAUAUCAACGACAGCAGGAAACACUAAUUGUGUGGACCGACCUAACCAGAAAGGACCUAGCUCUUUCUUUCCAGGAAAAUGACGGGUGUGCUGAAUUGUGUGAAUUUGUGAUUCGGGUCCAGCAGGAAGGGCUCAGUCCGAUGAUAUCGCUAUACUAUGUGCUUCCGACGCUAUACGACUCGCUGGGAGACGCCCCUCGUGAGAUAACCGAACUAAUUACUGGCCCUAUCUCGUACCCUCCGGAAAUUCCAACACUAGACUCGUUGGAAGAAAUCAUGGAUUUGGUGAACCAAGGAGCCAAUUCUCAGUACACGCGGGCGUGUAUUCUGGAGUUCAUCCUAGCAACAGGCUACAUACACAAGCUAUACCUUCUACAAGACGAGGCCGAAAAAGCCAAGGAUAUUUUCAGUCUUCACCUUUUGAGUGACAUUGUCAAGUGCAUCCUACUAUACAACAACCACUCUUUAAUGGAAGAGCUUCUAUCGUCCGAGGCAGCUAUUUUGGAUAUGGUGAGCCUCCUCGAAUACGAUAGAGGUCUACCCAAUUUCAAAGCAUGUCAUCGCCAGUACCUACUUGAUGAGUCGAAAUUUAGGUCCGUCAUCGAAGUGUCUACCCCUUCAGAUCUGACUGGUUCAGAUAUGAGCAUCUUCAGGAAAGAUUUCAUCUUGUCUUACUUGAAAAACGUUGUCUUUGCUCGCUGGAUGGACGAAUCGACAUUAAACACACUAUCAACACUGAUAUACAGCAAUCAGAUGGAAAUUAUCAGCUACCUUUCCAAGCCUGACGAGAAUGACAACUUCUUGGGCCGCUUACUACUGCUUUACGAGACAGAUAUCACCCAGCCAGAAAAUUAUAAGAAAUGUUGUGACGCCGUCAAAAUGCUUCACCAAUACGUGUCCGUUACGAAGGGACAGCCGUCAACGCAGAAGUCUGAAUUUUUCACAGCGCUCAUCAAAGCGGGCCUCAUAAAAAUGAUAAAAUUUGCAUUAGAAAGUGUGGAUAAAUCUAUUCGCAGCAUUGGAACGGAGAUGCUCGUUGCUGUCAUCGAGCAAGAUGUAUCUCUAGUUCAUUGCACGCACUAUGACGAUAAUAGUCAGGUUGAUGAACUUGAUCCUCCUGUCAGCCCGGCCUCCACUCAUCCUGAGAUUUGUGAGGGUGAGGAUUUCUUACAGCAGCCUCAUAUCAAGCUAAAGUUGUACAACGACACAUCUUUCACUCUAGUUUUGUGCAACCUACUUUUGACCGAAAAAAGUCCAGGACUCAAAAUGCAAGCCUAUGAGGCGCUCAAGACACUUCUCACUUGUACAGCUACGAACGACAAUUACCAUGACGACGCUUUUCAUGACACGGGAGAUUCUAACAAGUCUGAUGUGGAUAUUGCAGACAUUAACCACAAAUUUUUCCAGACAUUCUACAGACGUGUUGCUAGCGUACUAUUCCAAGACUUUUUGUACAUUGGCAGGGCUACGACAGACCCCAAAAAGAUCGAGUCAGCAAAAAGUAAAAUUGUACAGGAGCCAAUGCUUUAUCAACAUCUUUGUGACUUGAUAGCGUUCUGUUUUCAAGAGCAUGAUAUCAAUCUAUGCAGAAAUUUCUUCAUCCAGAACGAUAUACUCCUUGGGGUGUCUAAGUUGUUGACCUUAAAAAUCAAAGUUACUCUCAAAUUGGCGGCUUUGAGGUGUUUAAAGACACUCAUUCAUCUUAAUGAUAAUCAACUUAUGCGUUAUAUUAUGGAGAAUGAUUUAUUGACGCCCUUUGUGGAAUUUUUCGAAACUGUCUCGGACGAAAAUAAUCUUGCGAACUCACUGUGCCUUGAUCUUCUCGAGAUUGUAUUAAAAAGAGGUCACGAGAUGAACUUCAAAGCUUUGGCAAUUCACUUGUACAACAAUCAUAGAGCCUUCAUCGAAAGAAUCGACUACGUUUCCACCGGCAAUGAGUUAGUUCAACUAGUGGAGAAUGCGCUCAAUCUGAAUGCUGAUCCCACGGCUACAAGCAUUGACGACAACGACAAUCAACGCCAUGAGACGGUACUGUCGCCAAUACAAGGAGAAGACAAAGAGGAGAAUGCUUCUCUGGAGGAGCAGUUAUCACCGUUGAACCCUGUCAAAUAUUCCCCACACAAGCGAGGCUUCCCAGCCGAGGAUGAAGGUGGAAAUAAAAAUAUAGGCUGCAACGGCAACGGGACAACAAAGAAACAAAAGACUGAUUACCUCAGCGGAUUUAAGAAGGAUGGGGAUCUCAAGACAUAG